UAUUCAGAAAAGAACAAAAUGUCAUCUAUAAAGAAAGUGCUCAUAUUCGCCGCCGUCGUCGGUCUUAUUCACGGCUACCCUUCGGGAGCCCCUAACGACAUGUGCGGGCGAUACGUGCCCGGCCACCCCAACUUGGGCACCCCCGUGUCACAGGGACCAAGGACCGGCCCCUAUUCCAUCACGGUUACCCCUAGCGCAGGCGGAAACGGUCUCUAUGACGUGCGGCUACAGGCGACGUCCAACACGCCGUUCCGCGGGUUCCUGAUCCAGGCGAUGCCGUCAUGGAAACAACUUCCGGAGGGUCCGUCGGACAUCGUCGGCACAUUCCAGCGGGGCUUCAACUCCCAGCUCCGGGACUGCCGCGGAAUGACCGGAAGUAGCGCGCUCACUCACGAGUCCCGCCAGCCCAAGAUGAACAUACAGGCCGUUUGGCAGGCACCCAUGAACACUCCCGACCCCAACAUCAAAUUCGUAGCCACUGUGGUUCAGGACAACAACAAUUUUUAUGUCGUGCACUCGGAUCCAAUCAACGUUCAAGGUCAAGGUCAAGGUCAGUGAUCGAUAAACACCACAUGGACAAAGUGAACUGGCAGUGUGCCCGCUUUAACGCUUCUGUGACAGUUGUGUUAUUUUAGGUGUUAUUAUACGAUAUAUAUAUUAC